AUGACACUGAGAAAUAAGAAAAGGGUUCAACAGCGGCUGCACUCCCUCUCCUUCAUAGUGCACCUCUCAAAUAUUCGAGGUUUGCACUCAAAUGUCAAUGCGGUCCAUCACCACCUCGAGACCGAGAACCCUACACUCUUGUUUCUCUCGGAGACCCAGAUCAGGUGCCCGUCGGACGUAUCCUACCUGGACUACCCUGGUUUUUCUCUGGAGCACAAUUUUGUUCCGCAUGCAGGUGUAUGCGUAUACGUCCGAGACGGCAUCUGUUACCGGCGUCUCCGAAACCUUGAAGACCCAAGCUUUUCUGCUCUCUGGAUACUGGUGGACAUAGGCAUGGAGAAAAUUCUUUAUGCCUGUGUCUAUCGGUCGCACAGCGGAGAUUUGGAGGCGACCAGAUUAGCGCAAUACCUCGGCGAAGCGGCGGAUGCGGCUCGUCAGGCGUACCCUUCGGCACAGUUGGUGUUACUGGGGGACUUUAACGCCCAUCAUCAGGAGUGGUUAUUCCCAUACCAGUGCACCGACCAUGCUGGAAGGGAAAUGCGUAAGCUUGCGCUUUCGCUUGGCCUGACCCAGCUGGUCCAGGAAGCCACAAGGGUGCCCGAUGUCGAUACGCACACUGCCAAUUGCUUAGACCUUCUGCUGACAAGUGAUCCAGACCGCUACUCGGUGACAGUCUCAUCACCUCUAGGUAGCUCUGACCACUGUCUGGUGAAAUCUGUAUCGACACACUCCCCACCAGAUCCGAGUCCCAGAGGACCUCGGCGGAUGUGGCGAUACAAGUCAGCGGACUGGGAUGGGAUGCGAUCUUUUUUCGCUUCCUAUCCUUGGCGGCCUGUCUGCUUCUCUUCUGAUGACCCGUCAGCUUGUGCGGAAGCCGUAACGGGGGUGCUGCGCCAGGGCAUGGAAUACUACAUUCCAUUCUCGGACGUGGCAUCCUCUGGUGGGACCCGUCCUUGGUUCGAUGCCGACUGCGGACGUGCCGAAGCGCAAAAGCAGGCGGCAUACUUGGCAUGGGCGGAUGCCAGGCGCCGUAGGGCUGAUGACAUUCAUCAAAAGAAGAGAGCCUUUAAUCGGGCUGCCAAGUCAUGCAAAAAGGCAUUACGGAUGGCUCGAUUUAACCACAUUGGCCGUAUAGGGAACAAACUAGCUUCCUACCCAGCGGGAAGUAAAGCCUUUUGGUCCCUGGCCAAGGCGGUUGAAUCGAACUUCUGUCGCUCCUCACUUCCUCCGCUCCUGAGGUCUGACGGAACGCUGGCUCACACUGCGGUAGAGAAAGCGAAUCUAUUUGCUUCUCUAUUUGCGGAGUCUUCGCGUCUUGACACUGGUGGCGCCUUGCCUCCUUCUGUUAAUAGCGUAUGCAAGACGAAUAUGUCGCAAAUUCGCAUUCGACAGAGGGAGGUAUAUAGGACGCUACGCGAUCUGGACGUGAACAAGGCCAGUGGUCCCGACGGAAUCCCAGCCCUGGUUUUAAAAACCUGUGCGCCUGAGUUGUCUCCAAUCUUGACACGUCUGUUUCGCCUUUCCUUGGAGACGGGUCUAGUACCGGUUGCAUGGAAGCUGGCCAACGUACAGCCUGUGCCUAAAAAAGGUAGUCGUGCCGACCCUAACAAUUACCGCCCUAUUUCGGUCACGUCCAUACUCUGCAAGAGCAUGGAACGUGUUCUUAACAAUAGACUCCUGGCAUACCUUGAAGUAUGGAGUCGAUCUGAUGAUGGAGUCAAGAGACAGCCGAGGGAACUCCUCGAGAAUUUGUAUCCAUGA